UUUCCCAGUCCACUUCUUCCACAGGAUAAUUUAGAAGAACAUCACUAUGAUCCACAGGAUGAUCAGGUAGAUGAAUAUAAGGGCCUCAUGAUGGAGGAUCACCAGCCCCUCAUAUCACCAGUUAAGGAAGAGAUAAGAACACCGGAGAGAUGUGCCAGUCCUCUUCUUCUACAGGAUGGGUCAGAAGAAUAUCACAAUGUCCCACAGGAUGAUCAGCUUGUGAAUCCGGGUGAAGAUCUGAACAAUAUUAAUCCUACAGAGACAUAUGUGAGGGGUGAUGAGCAGAGGACAGAGGACAUUCCUACAGAUAACCGCCCAGAUGACUGUACCAGGAACUUAGAGAAAAAUCUGGUAUCUUCAGAUUUUGAAGUAGAUGAUUGUGGUAUCACACGAGAUACAUUUGAAGAGCAUGCCAAUAUCCAAGAUAUACCCUCAUCCAAUCACAGCAAAAAUGUAUUAUUUGAUCCUUUUAAACAGGUUCGAUCUUCUGAUUCAUCACAGACUGUAACACAAAAUAAAAGUCACAGAAGAGAUGCUAAACAUCAAACAGCUCACGUAAGAGGGAAGCCAUUUUCAUGUUCAGAAUGUGGAAAAUGUUUUAGAUUUAAAUCGGAGAUUGUUAGACAUCAGAGAAUUCACACAGGAGAGAAGCCAUUUUCAUGUUCAGAAUGCGGUGAAUGUUUUAACAAUAAUUCAGCUCUUGUUAUGCAUCAGAGAAUUCACACAGGAGAGAAGCCAUUUUCAUGUUCAGAAUGUGGGAAAUGUUUUCACUACAAAUCAGCUCUUGAUUACCAUAAGAGUACUCACAAAGGAGAGAAACGAUUUUCAUGUUCGGAAUGUGGGAAAUGUUUUAAUCAGAAAUCAGUUCUUGAUAGACAUCAGAGAAUUCACACAGGGGAGAAGUCAUUUACAUGUUCGGAAUGUGGAAAAUGUUUUAAUCAGAAAUCAGAUCUUGCUAGACAUCAGAGAAUUCACACAGGGGAGAAGUCAUUUUCAUGUUCAGAAUGUGGGAAAUGUUUCAAUCAGAAAUCAGUUCUUGAUAGACAUCAGAGAAUUCACACAGGAGAGAAGCCAUUAUCAUGUUCAGAAUGUGGGAAAUGUUUUAACAAUAAUUCAGCUCUUGUUGUACAUCAGAGAAUUCACACAGGAGAGAAGCCAUUUUCAUGUUCAGAAUGUGGUAAAUGUUUUUAUCAAAAAUCAAAUCUUGUUUUACAUCAGAGAAAUCACACAGGGGAGAAGUCAUUUUCAUGUUCGGAAUGUGCUAAAUGUUUUAAUCAGAAAUCAAUUCUUGAUAGACAUCAGAGAAUUCACACAGGGGAGAAGUCAUUUUCAUGUUCAGAAUGUGGGAAAUGUUUUAAUCAGAAAUCAGUUCUUAAUAGACAUCAGAGAAUUCACACAGGAGAGAAGCCAUUUUCAUGUUCAGAAUGUGGGAAAUGUUUUAACCAGAGAACAGCUCUUGUUACACAUCAGAAAAUUCACACAGGAGAGAAGCCAUUUUCAUGUUCAGAAUGUGGUAAAUGUUUUCACAAAAAAUCAAGUCUUGUUUUACAUCAGAGAAAUUACAUAGGGGAGAAGUCAUUUUCAUGUUCAGAAUGUGGAAAAUGUUUUAGAUUUAAAUCUCAGAUUGUUAGACAUCAGAGAAUUCACACAGGAGAGAAGCCAUUUUCAUGUUCAGAAUGUGGUGAAUGUUUUAAUCAGAAAUCAGUUCUUGUUGUACAUCAAAGAAUUCACACAGGGGAGAAGCCAUUUUCAUGUUUAGAAUGUGGGAAAUGUUUUAACAAUAAUUCAGCUCUUGUUAUACAUCUGAGAAUUCACACAGGAGAGAAGCCAUAUCCAUGUUCAGACUGUGGGAAAUGUUUUAAGCAGAAAUCAGCUCUUGUUUCACAUAAGAAAACUCACAGAGAGAAGCCAUCUCCAUACUUAGCCCUUUAGUGACCUUAUGUGUUUUUAUGGUAGUCAGUGUCGCUAACUGGCUUUAUUCCGUCAGACACUCCUUGUUACAGGGAGAUAAAACAUAACCUUGCUUUGGGGUUACCAGAGGUGGCUGAGGGCUUGGAGUGAUGAUUGGGACCACUGUGAGAUCUCAAACACGUAUUGUCUCCUGUAUUAAAUGAAUACAAAAUGUACCUGUAGAUAAAUCCAACAAGUGGGGUCCCUGCCACCCCUGUAUUUGUAGAAGUCAUGUGGUUCACUUAUCUCGCAUAAAUUUACCAGU